CAGUAUGCACUCACCAUGAUGUUUGUCAUAGAUGAAAUCAACAAUAGCAAUGAAUUGUUGCCAGAUGUGACACUUGGUUAUAGAAUCUUUGACUCCUGCCCCAGCGUACCUCUAUCUAUCAGGUCAUCACUAAAUCUAAUGAAUCCAUAUGAAAACAGAGAAGGCUUGUGUAACAACCUCUCCAGUGUGUAUGCUGUCAUUGGGGACACCACUUCCACCUCUACAAUAGGUAUAGCACGUACACUGGGACCCUUCAAUAUACCUGUGAUCAGUCAUUCAGCCACUUGUGCAUGUCUUAGCGACAGGAGAAUCUAUCCAUCUUUCUUUCGAACCAUACCAAGUGACAUUCAUCAAAGCAAAGCACUGGCAAAACUUGUGAAACAUUUUGGCUGGACUUGGGUAGGAGCAAUCCGAACUAAUAAUGACUAUGGAAAUAGUGGAAUGGCCAGCUUCCUAGAAGCAGCAAAGAAGGAAGGUGUGUGUAUUGAGUAUUCAGUUGCCAUUUACCGAACUGAUCCCAGAAAGGCAUUUCUGGAAGUAGUGGAUAUUAUAAGAAAAUCCACCUCUAAGGUAAUAGUUGCCUUUGCUGAUGCUACAGAUCUUGAUGUACUCAUGGAAGAGCUGUAUGCUCAGAAUGUGACAGGCCUACAGUGGGUAGGAAGUGAAGGGUGGAUUACAUAUCGUUAUUUUGCCUCCCCAGCAAACUAUGCUGUGGUUCAGGGGGCAGUGGGCUUUGCAGCACUGAAUGCUUAUAUCCCUGGACUGCAGGAGUUUCUCACCAACAGCAGACCAUCUACCACACCAGGAAAUCAGGGACUUGUUGAGUUGUGGGAAACAAUAUUUCACUGCACCUUGUUGCCAGAAAGAGGGAUUUACCCACAUGAUUAUGUUACAGUCUGUAGUGGAACAGAGACUCUGCGGGAUGUGAAAACUCGACUUACUGAUGUUUCAGAUGCCAGCCUGAUGAAUAAUGUUUACAAAGCCAUAUAUGCUGUUGCUCAUGCUUUGAGUAUGCUAUUUAACUGCAAAGAUGGACAUGGGCCUUUUGAGAACAAUACUUGUGCUGACAGGCAAAAUAUUCAGCCAUGGCAGGUGUUGCAUUACUUAACACAGGUAAAUUUCACAACUAAAACUGGUGAAAAGGUUGUCUUUGAUGAGUCUGGUGACCCUGUGGCACGUUAUGCACUGGUGAACUGGCAGCUGGAUAACACAGGGUACAUACAGUUUGAAACUAUUGGUUAUUAUGAUGCCUCCUGGCCUGAAGGUCAGCAAUUUAAGAUGAAAGCCGGAGUGAGAGCCAUCUGGGCAGGAGAAAGUAAUGAGGUGCCACGAUCCAUCUGCAGUGACAGCUGUUUGCCCGGUUCUCGUCGGGCAUUCGUUAAAGGCAAACCCAUCUGCUGCUUUGAUUGCAUCGCCUGUGCUGAGGGGGAGUUCAGCAACAGCACAAAUGCUGUGAAAUGUGGAAAAUGCCAUCCUGAGUACAAGUCCAAUGGAGAGAGGAACCACUGUUACUUAAAAUCAGUCGAGUUCCUCAGCUUUACAGAGUUAAUGGGUAUAAUGAUGGUCACCCUAUCUUUGCUUGGUGCAUUCUCAACAGUGGGUGUAAGCCUGAUAUUUUUCUGCCAAAAGCACACGCCAAUUGUCAGAGCCAACAACUCUGAAUUGAGUUUCGUGCUGCUGUUCUCCUUGAGUUUAUGCUUCCUGUGCUCUCUGACCUUCAUCGGCCGGCCCUCUGAUUGGUCCUGCAUGCUACGGCACACAGCUUUUGGGAUUACCUUUGUCAUCUGUGUGUCCUGUAUUCUGGGGAAAACAACUGUGGUUUUGUUGGCAUUUCAGGCCACAGUUCCUGGCAACAAUAUGAUGAAAUGGUUUGGGCCUACACAGCAGAGAAUCAGUGUUUUAGCUCUCACUCUUCUACAGGUUUUGAUUUGUUUGAUAUGGCUGGCAAUCAAUCCUCCCCAUCCGUUCAAAAACACUAAAUAUUACAGUGAUAAGGUCAUAUUAGAGUGUGCACUUGGAUCACCUCUAGGCUUCUGGGCUGUAUUGGGAUAUAUAGGAAUUUUAGCUACGUUAUGCUUUGGAUUGGCCUUCUUAGCCAGAAAGCUCCCCGACAAUUUCAAUGAAGCUAGGUUUAUCACUUUCAGCAUGCUGAUAUUCUGUGCCGUGUGGAUCACCUUUAUCCCAGCUUAUGUCAGCUCUCCUGGAAAAUUCACUGUUGUUGUGGAAAUAUUUGCUAUUCUGGCUUCAAGUUAUGGAAUGCUGUUUUGUAUUUUUUUGCCUAAGUGUUACAUCAUUUUGUUUAAACCACAAUACAAUACAAAGAAAUACUUGAUGAGUAAAGGGAUACUGAAAGCCCUUUAAGAUGUCUGUUUAAACAAAAUCAUACAAUUGAUGUCUAUUGAUGCUGGGAUGUUUUGGAGGAGCGAGUCAGGAAACGUUUUCCUCCACCGGUAUCACGUAGUGAC